AUCUCGGCUGGAAGGAAUCUUCGGCGACUACCGGUAGCGGCGGCGCAUUCGCACUGAAGCCUCAGCAGGCAGCACGCGGAUAAGGGGCGACCAACGGGCUUGCCCACGCGCACUUGCACCAAACACGUCCUGUGACGAUGAUACAUCGAUAGGUGACCGCGAUAUCUAAACGUGAUCUCAUAUCGGACUUUAUUUAUAAAAGUGUUAAAGUGAAAUAAACCAAAAUGGGAUUAGACUUUUUAGAACAUGGUGCGGACUUCGAAGCAGCCAUCUCGGCUACGGGUUUCGGUCGCUUCCACUUCUGCCUGCUGGCCAUCACAGGGUUGAUCUAUGCCAACACGGCCAUCGGUAUUACUAUAAUAUCGUUUGUGCUGCCCGCCGCAACAUGCGACUUUCGCAUGACAUCUGGCGACAAAGGCUGGCUUACAGCGGCACCUAUGUUGGGCAUGGUCAUCGGUUCCUACUUCUGGGGUUGCUUGGCUGACACAAAAGGGCGCAAAGUUGUGCUCGUGUCAACCCUGCUGCUCGACGGUUUCGUCGGGAUUAUCUCGUCGUUCGUCCAGAUUCUGCCAGUCUUCAUGGCUUGCAGAUUCGUUAACGGCUUUGCAGUUGCUGGCGCUAUGGGUAUUUGCUUCCCAUACUUGGGCGAGUUCCAGCAAACCAAAUACAGAGAGAAAAUCCUCUGCUGGAUGGAAAUGUUCUGGACCCUCGGAGUCAUCAUACUUCCACUGAUCGCGUGGGGCAUCAUUCCCAUCCAAGGCAUCCGUAUAGAGAGCGGUAGUUUCUCCUACGACUCCUGGAACUGGUUCGUAGCUGCUUGCGGUAUACCCUCGCUCCUGCUUGGCUUCUGGCUGUUCGCUUUCCCCGAGAGUCCUAAAUUCAUGAUGGAAUGCGGUGACUACGACGACGCACUGAAAUGCCUUAAGAGCAUAUAUAAACAGAACACCGGCGACGAUCCAGACAACUACCCAAUCAAAAGCCUGAAGGAGAAAGUGCGAACAAUCUCAGUGGCAUCACAGAACUCGCAAAAAUCCGUCCGUAGUCUUAGCAUGCGCAAACCGAAGGACUUGAAACGGCUGUUCGGCGAAAUCUGGGUCCAGACUAAGGCUUUGUGCAGACCGCCCUACCUCAAAUACACCGUCCUAACUUGCCUCAUCCAAUUUGGAUUGACAACCAGUUACUACACCCUCAUGAUCUGGUUCCCCGAGCUGUUCAACCGUUACGAAGAGUUCGAGCAUAGAUUCCCCAACACCUCUGCUUCUGUGUGCGACGUGUCCAGCAUCGUUGUCGUCGACGAGGCCUCGACUGACCCCUUCGACUGCGAGAAGACCAUCGACCAGAGCGUGUAUAUGCACACGCUUAUCGUCGGUCUUGCUUGCAUCCCUACCUCGCUGUGGUUGCCUCUCUGCGUCCACAAGCUCGGAGCCAAAUUCUUCCUUAUUUUCAGUUUGGGCUUCGCCGGCGUGGUCACCGUAGGCCUGUACUACGUGCAGAACUCCAUCCAGAACUUAGUCCUGUCGUGCAUCUUUGAAGCUCUUACCUCGCUCGCCAUCAGUCUUGUGUUCUGCGUGCUCGUCGACUUGUUCCCUACAAACCUUAGGGUAAUGGCUGCGGCACUCUCCCUGACGGCGGGUCGAGGCGGCGGUCUCAUCGGUAACCUGUCCUUCGGUCAGCUCAUCGACCUCGCGUGCGUCGUGCCCAUCGUUGUGUUCUCAGCAUUCCUUUUCAUUGCUGCUAUACUCUGCUUCUUCUUGCCAAAGACAGGACAAGAAGCCCUAGAUUAAAAUGGUUACUGAUACCUAGUUAGUGCAAUUAAAUAAUACGUGGUGCGUAGUAACGUUUGCAGUGGUUGUACAUAUCAUUUAGGAUGUAAAUAAAGUGGACAAGUAUUAUAUUAUUUAUUGUUAGGUGCCUCCAUCACCCGUUACCGUAUUACUGUGAUUCAGUAUUCACAUGUCAUUGUAUGAGUAAAUGAAAAUACCAGUAUUUUAGUGAUGACUGUGUAAUAUAAUGAUGCUAUUAAAUUAUUAUUAUUAUUAAAGGUUGAAUUUGCCUUCCAAAUAUUAAAAAA